AUGGCGAACUCAGCAAACACAAACACCGUGCCUAAAUUGUAUAGAUCUGUGAUUGAAGAUGUUAUUAAUGACGUACGAGACAUUUUUCUGGAUGAUGGAGUGGAUGAACAGGUCCUGCUGGAACUAAAAACUUUGUGGGAGAAUAAACUAAUGCAGUCUAGGGCAGUAGAUGGAUUUCAUUCAGAAGAACAGCAGCUUUUGUUGCAAGUUCAGCAGCAUCACCACCACCACCAGCAGCAGCAGCAGCAAACACAAUCUCAGCAAACGGUACCUCAGCAAGCACAGACCCAACCGGUUCUUAUUCUUGCAUCACAGCAAGCUACGGCACCACCAGUCACUGUUCCUGAUUCUAAGUUGCUACAGCGUAUGAAUGCAUCAAGUAUUCCGAGUGCUGCUGCUACAGCUGCCACCUUGGCACUCCCUGCAGGCGUGACUCCUGUUCAGCUACUAACAAAUUCAGGCCAGCUGCUUCCGGUGGUCAGAGCAGCCAACGGUGCCCAGUAUAUCUUGCAGCCUCAGCAGUCAGUUGUUCUACAUCAGCAAGUUAUACCACAAAUGCAGCCUGGUGGAGUCCAAGCACCUGUUAUCCAGCAGGUCUUAGCCCCACUUCCUGGAGGGAUGUCACCACAGACGGGUGGCAUCAUCCAGCCACAGCAAAUCUUAUUUACAGGAAACAAGACUCAGGUCAUUCCUACCACAGUGGCAGCACCCACACCGGCCCAAGCGCAGAUGCCUGCAGCUGGACAGCCGCAGCCACAGGUCCAGCCUGCCCAACAGCAAGCUCCAUUGGUGCUGCAAGUUGAUGGAACAGGGGAUACAUCGUCCGAGGAAGAUGAAGAUGAAGACUGUGAUGAGGAGGAUGAGGAAGAGGAAGCUGAUGAUGGGCAGGUAGAAGAAGAGCCCCUCAACAGUGAAGAUGACUUAAGCGACGAGGAAGGACAGGAAGAACUCUUUGACACAGAAAAUGUUGUCGUCUGCCAGUAUGAUAAGAUACACAGAAGUAAAAAUAAAUGGAAAUUUCAUCUCAAGGAUGGCAUUAUGAAUCUUAAUGGAAGAGAUUAUGUAUUUUCCAAAGCCACUGGAGACGCAGAGUGGUGA